AUGGCCGCCGCUAGAGAUAGCCCGCGUGCGUCGAUGGACAUCGACAAGGAUGCUCGCUCCUCCCCGGCUCCUGCUCCUGCUCCGUCCUUCGUGCGGAAAAAUUCAAACACGCCCAACCACACCAGUAACGGUGUCAACGGGUCACAAAAGGGACAGAGGAGUCCGACUCCUCCGCCUCAUAAGUCGAACCCGACCACUGCCGAAGCUGAUUCGUUCAAAUUAGCGGGGAACAAAGCUUUCAAGGCUGGCGACUAUAAUAACGCUAUUCUGGAGUAUAACAAGGCUCUUGAAUUGUGCCCGAAUUCUUCCAUUUAUCUUUCCAACCGUGCCGCUGCGAAUCUCUCCGCCAACCGAUACCUCGCUGCCCUGGAGGAUGCGGAGCGUGCCAAUCAGCUCGAUCCUGGAAACCCCAAGAUCAUGCACCGCUUGGCGCGUAUCUUGACGAAUCUAGGACGCCCCGUAGAGGCGUUGAAUGUUCUGUCUCGCAUCCAGCCCCCCGCCACGGCCACUGACAGGGCCCCUGCAGAGAAGAUGCUGCGAUUCGUUACACAGGCGGAAGAGACUCUGAAACAGGAACGCGGCGUGUCGAUGGUGUUGUUCUGCCUGGAUCAGGCCCGGCUGGGUCUUGGGAAGGGCGUCAAGGAACCGCGCAAGUGGACCCUACUGACCGCGGAAGCCCAGCUGAAGAUGAAUAACGACAACUCCUUGGGGAAAGCGCAGGAUAUUGCCAUGUCGAUGCUCCGUGAGAACAACCAGGACCCGGAUGCUCUCUUCAUUCGUGCCCGCGCUUUCCUCGGGACCGGCGACACCGAUCAGGCUCUGAAGCAUCUGAGAAUGUGUCUGUCGUUGGAUCCGGAUUCCAAGCCGGCCAUCCGGCUGCUGCGCAACGUCCAGAAACUCGUCCGGACAAAGGAGGAAGGAAACGCGGCGUUCAAGGCCAGAGACUACCAGAGAGCUAUCGAGCUGUACUCCGCUGCUCUGGGACUCGACCCUAACAACAAGGAUAUCAAUUCCAAGGUCCUCCAGAACCGUGCCCAAGCUUACAUCGCGAUCAAAGAUUAUGAACAUGCCAUUGGUGACUGUACCGAGGCCCUUCGUCUCGACCCGUCCUACGUCAAGGCCAUGAAGAUCCGUGCCAAGGCGUACGCUGGUGCGGAGAAGUGGGAGGACGCCAUCCGGGACUACAAGAAGGUGGCUGAAAGUAACCCGUCCGAGCCAGGAAUCCAGGAAGAUAUCCGCCGCGCAGAACUGGAGCAGAAGAAGGCCCAGCGGAAGGACUACUACAAGAUCCUCGGAGUUCCCAAGGACGCAUCGGAACAGGAUAUUAAGAAGGCAUACCGGAAGCUGGCCAUCAAGUACCACCCUGACAAGAAUCGUGAUGGGGAGGCUGGCGACGAGAAGUUCAAAGAGAUCGGAGAAGCGUACGAGACUCUGAUCGAUCCUCAGAAACGAGCUUCAUAUGACAAUGGAGACGACCUCAUCGACCCCGCCGAUAUGUUCGGUGGGCACGGCUUCAACAUGGGCGGAAUGGGCGGAAUGGGUGGAAUGGGUGGAAUGGGUGGUGCUACGCACAUCAACAUCGACCCGAGCGUGCUAUUCAACAUGAUGAACGGCGGUGGUGGCGGAUUCGCACACGCUGGAGGAUCGCCCUUUGGCAACGCCCGAGCUGGGGGUGGAUUUCCAGGCGGAUUUCCAUUCUAG